AUGUCGCCGAGGGUAUCGGAGACGAGUGCAUUGUUGUCUGACAACGUAUGGCGUUCGUGCCUCUUGUUUCCGGCAGUCCAGUUAUGGAGGCUUUGCGACCUUGACCCAGACUCGAUCGAAACUGUUGUCUCAAUGUCUGUCACCGACCCUCGCACCGGCAAGCGUGUAGCGUUGAAGCGGAUGCCGAACGUGUUUCUGAACCUGGCGUCAUGUAAACGGGUGUUUCGCGAAAUCCGGAUGCUCUGCUCAUUCAAACACGACAACGUACCGGUGUUACGUGUCAACGAUCACAGGUGUUGUGCCAAAGGCGGCAUUGUGUCUAGUAGUCUAUGGGUGUUUAUCGACGACGGCCGGAAUCCUGGCAGCGGCGUUGUGUUCGCUUCGGUGGUGGUUCGUGACUCGUUGAACACCUUUUUCUACCACUCUGUCUUGAAGGUGUUGAUGUUUACGGCUCAAGAACGUCCACUCACCGCUACUGGUUUGCGUUCCGCCGUGAACAGCUCGCUGGCCGAAAAUAUGUAG